GCGGGCGGGUUCAGGGGCGGGCCGGGCUUUGACAUCAGCGCGGCGAUUCACUACCGCACCAUCCACGGCAUCCUCGCCGCCCUGGCUAUGGUCGUGCUGUUCCCCGUCGGCUCCGUCGCCAUGCGCCUGCUGCCCGGCCGCCUCGCUCUCUGGGCCCACGGCCUCUUCCAGCUUGCGGCUAUGUGCAUCUUUAUUGCCGGCGUCGGGCUCGGCAUCUACCUCUUGACAAACGACUCGACCAAGUACCACCCGAUCGUGGGCCUCGUGACGCUGGCCACGCUGCUGCCGCAGCCGAUCCUGGGCUGGCUCCACCACCGGCGGUUCAAGCAGGUGCAGCGGCGGCAGUUCUGGUCGUACCUGCACAUCUUCAACGGCCGCAUCGGCGUCACCGUCGGCAUCAUCAACGGCGGGCUCGGCCUCCAGCUGGCCGGCGCCUCGGCCGACCGCAAGCGCACCUACAUCAUCGUCGCCGCCGUCAUUUGGACGUUGUGGAUGCUCGUCGCCAUUUUUGCCGAGAUGCGCCGCUUGCGGUCUGGCCGCCGGGCCGAGCGCGCCACCGAGAGGCGCAUGACGGCCGGGAGAGUGGCCAAAGUUGGUUCGGGCGACACAAGGUGA